UGAGUUAUUGAAAAGGGUAAAGGAAUGCUAUUUGUCCCCAACGAUAAAUAAUCGAACUUUAUGUUUAAUUAAGUGGUUUUUAUUGUAGACAACAUAAUUGGUAUUGGAUUCUCUAUAUUUUAUACUGCUUGAGAAGUGGAUGAAGUUUUCAUUGUCUCUUUCUAAUGUUUUGUGCUGCCUGCCAAGACUAACAAUAAGCUUUGUUUGUGUGGCAAACAUACUGAGAAUAGAAUAUAAGACAUCCAUUAUAAAAUGCCAGAUGUUUGUGUGGUUCAUAGAUAAGAUGACUACUUGUCAAUAAUUGCCUGAGCGCAAUAAUAAAAAAAUAAGUCAAUAAUGUUUAAGAUAUUUUAAUUAAAAAAAUCUGAUGGGAAAUGAACACUGUUUUGUUAAAGUUACUAUACUUGUCUAUAGGGUUGUCUUAAAAAUCAGUAUUUUGUUCUGCAUAAUUUGACCAUAUUAGAACAGUGGAAAUUUUGUUCACCAGAUGUUCUUUACAUGCUAUAUAAGAUUGGUGCAAUAGAGUUCUAUUAUUUGUGUAACUGCUAAGAUUAUUUUAUUUUCUUAUGCACGGUAACAAUAAUGCCAUUUACUUCCAGGAAUUUUCCAUUCCGCACUAGACGGGGAUGCAUUGAAGGCCAUUGAAUUGACUCAAGAUUUCGCUCCUGUCUUGUUAGAAAACAAUAAGGAUUUACAUUUUGAUCUUUUGAGCCUUCAUUUUGCUGACCUCAUCUGCUCGAAGAAAUGCACUGAAGCUCUGGAAUUUGCUCAAAUGAAGUUGACUCCCUUUGGGAAGAUGCAGAAAUACGUUGAAAAAAUUGAAGAUUUCAUGUCUCUGCUAGCUUAUGAGGAACCAGAAAAAUCCCCUAUGUUUCAUCUUUCAAGCUCGGAAUACAGACAGCGUGUUGCAGAGAAUUUAAACAAGGCAAUUCUUGCACAUGCUAACCUGCCAAAAUAUUCAGCAGUGGAAAGGCUAAUACAGCAGGCAACAGUUGUUAGGCAAUCCUUGAAUCAAGAAUAUGGCAAGGAUGGAAAUCAACUAUUUUCUUUGAAGGAUUUCCUUGAGAGGUAGAUCUGUGAAGGCUCUGAAACUGUUUCUGGUAGCAUAUGUGGCGAUUAAAGGCUUGAGGUGACAUUAUCUUUUCAGAGGACACAAUGCCAUCUACAGUUCUUUACUAUUCUUCAAAACUCCUGGUGCUUGAUUUCUUCCAAGUGUUCUUUUCCAAAUAUCGGGUUUCAACUGGUCAUUGUUUGAGUUGCACAUCGUUUACACGUGCACUUACGUACAAGAGAGAAAUGGUUGUAAUUUGUUGAGGUAGGUGGAAAUUCAUUGUGUAAACAGUUCAUUUGACUACCUAUGGGAUGCACUGCAUUGGAAAGGUUUUGAAUAGAAGAAUCUCAAGCUUCAAGAAGAAACAAGUUCGUAUAAGAAGUCAAAUAUCAAGAAACAUUUGGUGAAAACAGAUUUGAGGACGAGCUCUCGUUUUUCCUGUUGUGUUGGUAUUUUUACUUCUUUAUCUUAUAUUAUAUAAGGCUUUUUUUGGGCUA